UUCAACAGAAAAUAAGAAAGCUAUUUAAAUUAAAAAGAUGGGAUAAAUAUAUAUACAUCCUCCUUCACAAAAAUCUAAUAUUAAAUAUUUGGUAACGACAUUAAAUUAAUACAUUCAAUAAACUUAUUUGGGAAAAAUAAGAGCUUUAUCGCAUUUGUUUGUAUCAUAUUAAUAAAGAACUAAUUGGGUACACUUUAUUUUUUGAUAACAUUGACAUUGGUAAUGACAUCGAUCAUCUUCUAGAGAAAGAACUUAUUUAAACACAACUAAAAAAUUACAUUUUGCUAUAGGCACGAUGAAAAGACGUUUUUUAGACUAACUAAAAUGCAUGAACGGGUGAACGGAUUAGGCUUAUUUUUUAAAUACUCGCUAAUAAGGUUAAGUAAGGCCCUUUAAGCUUCAAUAAGGUUUAAUGAUAAAAAAUAUGAAGGAAUUGUAAGAAAAAUAGUAAAACAAAAGUUUUUAUUUUUCAUUUUACUCUGUUAUCUGUCAUACUCAGAAAUCAGAAACUCAGAAAUCAAUUAAUGUUAAUAUCUGAAUGCACCCUGUGUAACAGAUAUGAAUAGUAAUUUAUUUCAACUUAUUAAAUUCAGAGACGUUUACCGGGACAUCUAGACUGGAAUAAAUAACAAUAUUUUUGACAAAUUCCAUAAUUUUUGUCAGUUCGCAACAAUAACAUCUCUAAUAAUAGAAUUUUCUGAAAAUAUUGAUAGUGCUAUUUUAAUAAUUAAAUUAACAAACAUUAUAAUAACAAAAUUUAUAUUUCCACAUAAAUUGAAAAUAACCGAACAUAUUAGCGGUGAAAGAAACUCAGUACAAAAAGAAAUCAUGUCACAAAAAUGCAUUACGCAAAAAAAAGAACUCUAAUCUUCACAUAUUUAUUGGGAAAAGAAGGUUCAUUAUAAACUAGAAUGAGUUUUGUAACAUAGCUGUGAGAGCGCAUAUAUAUAUGAGGGGAAGCUCUGUCUGUUCAUUCGUAGCUUCAACUUCGACCCGCCACAACAUAUUCAUAAUGAUGAAGCUGUUCUUGAUCUCCGCUCUCUUCGGCAUUGCCGCCGCUGGCUACGCAGCCUACCCUGAGCAGUCGAACCGUCCUCAGGCGUCCUUCGAGAAGAAUGCCAGGAUCAUCGCCCUGGACUCUGAUGUGAAGGAGACCUCGUUCAGAUACAACUACGAGACCGAGAAUGGUAUCAAGGCUGAAGAACAAGGACAGGAGGUUAACGGAAUCGAGGCUCAAGGUGGUUUCCAGUACACCGGUGAUGAUGGUCAGAUCUACUCUAUUAGCUACGCAGCUGGGGAGGGUGGUUUCCAACCCCAAGGAGCUCAUCUGCCUACUGCCCCACCCACGCCUGAGGCUAUCCUGAAAGCUUUGGAACAAAACGCUGCUGAUGAAGCCGCUGGUAUUGUUGAUGAUGGUCAAUACAACCCAUCCAAAUACGGUGACGCCAGCGCUGGAUUCGGUCAACAACAACAGAAUUACGCCCAUGCCCAAGCCUCCGCUGGCUUCAGACAACCCUACAAGUACUAAGCACUGAACAUUUAGAAUUAUAUUACCUAAUAGAAAACAAGUGAUUUAUAUUAAUUUAAAAAUAUCAUCAUUAGCACCUUUGAAUAUUACUGUUCCUUUAUCAUAAGAACCAUCAUACAUAUUUGAUUUAGUUUCUACAUUCAUUACAGUUUUGAUUGCAUGUUUAGCUAGUAAGAAAAUUUUUGAAUUUUAUAAAGGAACAUUUGCAGGGUUUCAUUCUUAUGUGUCAUUGUUACUUGUACUUAGGGUGUAAAUUUUGUUUCUAUUGUUAAUAUCAUCUAUUCGUUGGACUGGAUCGCUAAAAUACUUUAAAUGCAGUAAGCGACAAUUGUGAUAAUUUUUGUGAUAUCAGUUCAGCGAAACUAUAAAUUACUUACAAGAAAAGUCUACGAAUGAUUUUAGUGUCGACGCAAUAGUUAUGUUGUUUAUCGGUGAGAGUUUUGGAAAUGUAUUUUUUA